CUCGCUCUGCGGGGACGCGGCGAGGAGCGGGGCGGAGCGGGGGACACAGCGCGGCGAGCGAGAACGCGGGAGCGGCUCCCCGACCGCGGGCAGCACCAUGAGUGAACAGAGUAUCUGCCAAGCACGAGCUGCUGUAAUGGUCUAUGACGAUGCCAAUAAGAAAUGGGUACCAGCUGGUGGAUCAACUGGAUUCAGCAGAGUUCAUAUAUAUCAUCACACAGGCAACAACACAUUCAGAGUAGUGGGCAGGAAGAUUCAGGAUCAUCAGGUGGUAAUAAAUUGUGCCAUUCCGAAAGGGCUGAAGUACAAUCAGGCUACACAGACCUUCCACCAGUGGCGUGAUGCCAGGCAGGUGUAUGGUCUGAAUUUUGGCAGCAAAGAAGAUGCCAAUGUCUUUGCAAGUGCCAUGAUGCAUGCCUUAGAAGUAUUAAAUUCACAGGAAGCUGUGUUCUAUUUAGGUCCUACGUUGCCUCGACAGAAUUCACAGCUUCCCUCUCAAGUGCAAAAUGGUCCAUCACAAGAAGAAUUGGAAAUCCAGAGAAGACAGUUGCAAGAGCAACAGAGGCAGAAGGAGCUGGAACGGGAAAGGCUGGAUCGUGAACGAAUGGAACGGGAGAGGCUGGAGAGAGAGAGGCUAGAAAGGGAAAGACUUGAAAGAGAGCGCCUAGAGCAGGAGCAACUGGAGAGAGAACGGCAAGAAAGGGAACGGCAAGAGCGCCUAGAAAGGGAGAGACAAGAGAAGGAGAGGCAGGAUCGAGAAAGACUUGAACGACUUGAACGGGAAAGGCAAGAAAGAGAACGACAAGAACAGUUGGAAAGGGAACAGUUGGAAUGGGAAAGAGAGAGAAGAAUUUCAAAUGCUGCUCCAUCUUUCGACAACUCCCCGUAUAGCACUUCACUUCCUGAAUACUCCAGUUGCCAGCCUCCUUCAGCACCUCCUCCAUCAUAUGCAAAAGCAGUCUCAGCACCAAUGUCAGAGGCCACACCGGAGUACGCUGUAGUGACUUCUGCACCACCGACUUCCACUCCCCCUACACCGCCUCUAAGGCACUCUGCAUCACGUUUUGCUACAUCUUUAGGCUCAGCUUUCCACCCUGUUCUCCCCCAUUAUGCUACGGUUCCUCGUCCGCUGAACAAAAGUUCUCGGCCCCCUUCUCCUGUCAAUGCCAUGGCGACUUUGCCUCCAAAUACAAAGCCUGUUGCCUGGUCCGCACCCAGUUUUGCCCCCCUCCCCCCGUCUCCUCCAGUAAUGAUAAGCAGUCCACCAGGCAAAGCUACUGGUCCGAGACCUGUCCUCCCAGUGUCAGCUUCUAAUCCGGUGACCCAAAUGUCCACGUCUCCCACGGCUCCUAACGGGCUUCCUGAAAACCUGGCUUAUCCGGUUCCUUCACCUUCUACCUCAGGUCCAACGCCGCCUCCGCCACCUCCUCCCCCCCCACUGCCUUCCUUUCCGCCUCUGUCACUCUCUGGACCUCAAGCUUCUCCUUCUCCCAACUCCCCAAAUGCCUCGACUCCCUCAUCCAAGCCUAGUGUUCUCCCUUCUCCCUCUGCAGCUACCCCUGCCUCUGUUGAGAACUCUCUAAACUCUGUGCUGGGAGACUCCUCUGCUUCUGAGCCAGUCUUGCAGGCAGCCUCUCAGCCGAUUGAACCUACGACCCAGCAGGGUGGUGUCCAAGGACCACCAGCACCUCCUCCUCCACCUCCCCUACCCCCUGGCCCAGCUCAGUCUUCAGUAGCAGCCCCACCUCCUCCUGGCCCACCACCGCCUCCUCCACUUCCACCUUCAGGGCCUCCACCGCCACCACCACCACCUCCUCCACUUCCUAGCCAAGUUCCUCCUGUUCCCCUUCCACCUCCUGCUCCUCCCCUCCCAGCCUCUGGAUUUUCAGCGGGGUUCGUGUCCGAAGAUAAUCGCCCUUUAACUGGACUAGCAGCUGCACUUGCUGGAGCCAAACUUAGGAAAGUCUCACGGGGUGAAGACUCCUCCAGUUCAAGUGGAGGAGGAGGAGGCUCUGCUUCAUCUGCUUCAUCUAAGACAGAUGGUGGCCGUGGAAAUGGACCACUUCCCUUGGGAGGCAGUGGGUUGAUGGAAGAAAUGAGCGCCCUGCUGGCCAGGAGGAGAAGAAUUGCUGAAAAGGGAUCAACAGAACCAGAGCAGAAAGAAGAUAAAACUGAAGAAUCAGAGUCUUCAACUUCUAAAGUUUCUUCAACAAGCACACCUGAACUAACAAGAAAGCCUUGGGAAAGGACAAAUACAGUGAAUGGAAGCAAGUCACCUGUUAUCUCCAGACCAAAAUCUACACCAACGGGACAACCUAGUGCCAAUGGAGUACAGUCAGAAGGUCUAGAUUAUGACAGAUUGAAGCAGGACAUUUUAGACGAAAUGAGGAAGGAGUUAACAAAAUUAAAGGAAGAACUCAUUGAUGCUAUCAGGCAGGAACUCAGCAAGUCGAAUACUGCAUAGAAAGACUAGUACUAAGCCGAUGUGACUCUUUAACUUGAUAUAAAACUGACUACGUUUUGUGAGCUGUUAGAAGAAAACGGAGACAGACAGACAGACACUUGGAAGGAGGGAGAAACAACCUAUUCUGAAAAGCUUCAGACACAUCACUCUGGUGAUAUGCUAUUCCCCUCCUAGUUUGCAGCUUUUUUCUGACCUUUACAGCAGGGUGGAAGAGACUCUUAAAGUUACUGUAAUGAUUAUGCAGAAAUUCCUACACCUAUCAGACAAGAUCACAAUGCUUUGAAGUCUACUCAUGUCAAGAUAAAAUUGCACAUGUUUCAGAAUUCAUGCUGGUUUAAAGGUAAACCGGUGGGAGAAAAUGAACCUAACUUGAGAGAUUACAAGUCAGACUUACAAUUUACUAAGAAGAUUACAAUAAAUACAAUGAUGCAGAGAAAACUGGUUUUAACCCCCAAAGACAGAUGUAUAACUCAGCACCCUGGGACAAGAAGUGUGGUCCCUCGGGUGCAAAGUAAAAGGAAAGGAAAACCUGUUGGUCCAGAUGAUGGUCGCAGUCCUGUUGAGGUAAUGAUCACAGUUGCAGUCCUGUUGGAGUUCUGGUCUUUCUCUCGAUCUGCCGAGUGCUACCAGAAGUCCCAAAACCCCAAGAUUAUAUGUGCUCAGGUUCAGGUGGCAAUGUCCAGUACCUCCCCCAGGGCAGGGAGUUUCACAAUGGGUGAUUUAACUCUGUGAGUCAUGGGAUAUUUUUGAAGUCUUUAAUGGUCUAGGUCCUUGCAGCUGCCUAUUAUGCCAGUCCAGUAUGGCCCAUUAGCAGAGAUGACCCCUCAGGCUGGGUGUGAAGGUGCUAAUGCUUCCCGGAGGGGAGUAAUCACAGCUGAGUCAUUAGUGUAAAGACAAAGAAACACUCCUCACAGAGUUCUUUAACGCCCAGCUUGUAGCCUGAGGUGUCAGGUGUGCCCUGGGCAGCUGCUGCAAAUGAUCUAUUAUUAACAGUCCAUCAGAAAUGACAUAGAGGGUGUAGAAUACACAGUUUUGGUUAUACCCACAUUGUGAUAAACUGGUCCCGACCCCUGUAACUAGGACAGUUGUUAAGACAAAAAACAGGGAAAAGCUUGGGAAGGCUUUUCAGAGAGGUUUUCUUUAUUAAUGAAGGAGUUAGCAAGUUAUACUGUUGUACUUCAAAUGUAUCUCAGGUUUGUCUUCCUAUCAUAUCUGAUAUUUCCAUGAAUAAUUUAAGAGAUCAGAUGUGUAGAAGUUCGGUUCACAAAACAUGGAACAAUUAGAAACGCGCGCUUUUAAAGGGCAAUAUUUGUAAGUGAAUGACCUAGACGGUGGUAACAUAUCAAGACUUUGGAAUUUUAUGAUAGGAAGCCUCUCUAGUUAGCCUUCAUGCAAUUUUAUAGGAAAACAAAAAAAAAGCAAAUACAGUCCAGAGUUUAAAGAUGUAGAUGCCUUCCUACAUUGUUACGAUGCUUUACCAAAUCUAAGACUUCUACAUAAUGCGAAUCAGCAGUCAAAUGUAAAUCAUUAGUAUGUUGUAGAUUUACAGUAGAUUUUGGGGCUUUUUUUAGAUUUAUGCAUGUGGACAUUUUUGUAAUGUAACACAACACAGCCAGCUUUUUAAUUAAAAGAAAAAUUGCAUGUCACAGAGUAGCCUUUUCAUUUGUAAGGCUUAAUUUAUGCCCAGAAAGAUGCGGGAUGAGGGAGGGGGAAGGUGACACAUUUUUAUUACUUUCUACACUUUUUCUUCAUCUUACAUGCAUGUGUAAUAAUGAGGAAAACAUAACUUUUAUCAGUAACCAUGUUAAUGGAACCAGGUACUUAAUCCUUUUGUAUCUUUUUUCAGUUUUCUAUUUGAAAUUCAAUAGUACUUCCAUAAUGGUUCUGAAACUCCCAGGUGAACCAAACUCAUUUCUCGGUGAGAGAAAAAAUGUGUAGGCAUCUGAAUUACUGAGGAUGCCCCUGUGUAAGUGCGUUGUCCUUUACCUUUUUACCAUGACCUUCUGCUUCACUCUUUUCUGAGACUCCUUUUUGGAUUGUUUAAUGAACAGAACAGCAGUUACCUUAGAACAACAGAGCAUCAGGUCACAGUAAAUGUCCCCUUCUCCUCCUAAUUUAUCUGCCAUCCUCCUUUCCAAAAACAAACCUCCCACAAAAAACAAAACCAACAAAACCCCCCACAGCUCCACACAACCCAAACCCAGAAAAACAGCAUUGGUUUUGUUCAACAAUUUGAGAAUCAUUUUUAGGGGAGGUGAUACUUUUCUGUUUCCUAGGGUUUUCAGAUCUUAUGCAUUUAAUUUUUUAUUGUUUUUUUUUAAUGUGGUACAAUUCAGUGGAGUAGAAAUCCUUUCAAUUGGAUCUGUAGUGCUUUGGACAAAGAACAUGGAUCAAAAUCUUUCCUUUCCCUUUGCACAGUCAAUUUUUCCAAGCUGUAACAGUGCUAUGUUUGCUUUGGGAUCUGUGCUGAUCAAAAAGAAAAGUUUACUUACAACUUUUGAAGAGAUUAGCGUUUCAGCUUACAUGUACAUGCACCUUCAUUCAUAGGACAAAUGCUUUCCAUAACACGCUGUCUUGGGUGCUGAACACCAAAGCAAAACAGCACUUAACAGCUUUGGAAAGGCUUCAGUAGGAAAUUUUUCACCUAUUCAAACAUUGCCUAUUUCUAGAGGUUCAAAUUCUAAGAGUUGACAACAGUGGAACUAUUACCUAACUCCAUUUGUUAAUUUUUUUUUUUUAAAUAAAGAGAAGCAACAACAUUUUUCUGCAUGCAUUUAUUGGAGGCAUUAAAAAAAAUCCAUAGUAAGCUUGUCAAGUACUGUUUUUCUCAAAACAAGAGAGGAGGCAUUUUCAUCUUUGUUGAUGUAACUUUUUGUUUUACAUGGACUUUUUGAGCAUUGAGGAUGUUUACCCUUGUCAGAAAUCACGUUUGAUUUGUUUCUAGGAGAGUUCAGGAGUAGCAUAGUGGAAUAGUGAAUGGGUACAAGUGGUCCAAAAUUAAAGGCUGAACUACUAGAUUGUGCAAGGAACUGGCUUAUGCACUAAACGUUUUGUGCCUUGGUCUACAAUUAACAUGAUUUCUGUUUAAAAGAAAAAGGAACAGAUGUUGUCUUUUGUGCUGCUUCUACGUACAUACUUUCUGUAAUCCCAAACUGCAGAAUUGGUUCUUUCCAGGAAAUCGGAUUGAAUUAAAGAUUACUGUAGACAUUUCCUGACCUACUGACAGUUGCACCAUUUCCAGAGAUUUCAGUAUUGAAAAUGAACUGCAGAAGCUAAGAUUAUUUUGCUUACUGGUGACUAAGUUCUUUAAAAACCAUAUUGUGGUGGUUCUGUGCUUUUGUACAACGGAUGUCUUAAGCUGAGGGCAGUUUAAGGAUCCUCUCUAAUGCCAGGAGGGCGUUGCUUUCCUCAACACUGUGAUCUGACCUGUGAUAAACCUGCACUACAGACAAGUGGCUACCAAGUCAACUGCAAACCAACUGAAUGUAAAAAUCUUAGUGCUGGUGCUGAAAUCUCUUCAGAUAGUUCAUAAUGAUUUCCAGUUCAUUGUUUUAAAGUUAUCAAGCAUCAAGUGUCAAUCAAAGACUGAAGCUGAUCACUAAUGAAUGUUGACUUUUCAUGCAUUUAGGUUUACCUUCUUUUUAGUUUCUCAGUUCAUUCUCUGCUAUUUUUAUCAUAUUGUGUCAUUUUAAAUUUCUUACAUGCUAACGUUUUGUUUGAGCGAAUGAAAUAAAAUUGCAAUA